UCACCGUUUUCCUAUAAACUGGCGUACCUCAAAGCUUAAGCUAAGCCUACACUAGUUAGAUCACAUUUUGUCUUUUGGCAAAAGAGAGAUAGAAAAUGGGAUCCCGUUUUGUUUCUAACGAACAAAAACCACACGUAGUUUGCGUGCCUUACCCAGCUCAAGGCCACAUUAACCCUAUGAUGAAAGUGGCUAAACUCCUCCACGUCAAAGGCUUCCACGUCACCUUCGUCAACACCGUCUACAACCACAACCGUCUACUCCGAUCCCGUGGGGCCAACGCACUCGAUGGACUUCCUUCCUUCCAGUUCGAGUCAAUACCUGACGGUCUUCCGGAGACUGGCGUGGACGCCACGCAGGACAUCCCUGCCCUUUCCGAGUCCACAACGAAAAACUGUCUCGUUCCGUUCAAGAAGCUUCUCCAGCGGAUUGUCACGAGAGAGGAUGUCCCUCCGGUGAGCUGUAUUGUAUCAGAUGGUUCGAUGAGCUUUACUCUUGACGUAGCGGAAGAGCUUGGUGUUCCGGAGAUUCAUUUUUGGACCACUAGUGCUUGUGGCUUCAUGGCUUAUCUACACUUUUAUCUCUUCAUCGAGAAGGGUUUAUGUCCAGUAAAAGAUGCGAGUUGCUUGACGAAGGAAUACUUGGACACAGUUAUAGAUUGGAUACCGUCAAUGAACAAUGUAAAACUAAAAGACAUUCCUAGUUUUAUACGUACCACUAAUCCUAACGACAUAAUGCUCAACUUCGUUGUCCGUGAGGCAUGUCGAACCAAACGUGCCUCUGCUAUCAUUCUGAACACGUUUGAUGACCUUGAACAUGACAUAAUCCAGUCUAUGCAAUCCAUUUUACCACCGGUUUAUCCAAUCGGACCGCUUCAUCUCUUAGUAAACAGGGAGAUUGAAGAAGAUAGUGAGAUUGGAAGGAUGGGAUCAAAUCUAUGGAAAGAGGAGACUGAGUGCUUGGGAUGGCUUAAUACUAAGUCUCGAAAUAGCGUUGUUUAUGUUAACUUUGGGAGCAUAACAAUAAUGACCACGGCACAGCUUUUGGAGUUUGCUUGGGGUUUGGCGGCAACGGGAAAGGAGUUUCUAUGGGUGAUGCGGCCGGAUUCAGUAGCCGGAGAGGAGGCAGUGAUUCCAAAAGAGUUUUUAGCGGAGACAGCUGAUCGAAGAAUGCUGACAAGUUGGUGUCCUCAGGAGAAAGUUCUUUCUCAUCCGGCGGUCGGAGGGUUCUUGACCCAUUGCGGGUGGAAUUCGACGUUAGAAAGUCUUUCAUGCGGAGUUCCAAUGGUAUGUUGGCCAUUUUUUGCUGAGCAACAAACAAAUUGUAAGUUUUCUUGUGAUGAAUGGGAGGUUGGUAUUGAGAUCGGUGGAGAUGUCAAGAGGGGAGAGGUUGAGGCGGUGGUUAGAGAGCUCAUGGAUGGAGAGAAAGGAAAGAAAAUGAGAGAGAAGGCUGUAGAGUGGCGGCGCUUGGCCGAGAAAGCUACAAAGCUUCCGUGUGGUUCGUCGGUGAUAAAUUUUGAGACGAUUGUCAACAAGGUUCUCUUGGGAAAGAUCCCUAACACGUAAGAUUAAUUGAAAACGUAAGAUUGUCAUAAAAGUGUGGUAUACAUAUAAUAAUCAAUAAGUAGUUGCUUUUACUAUUUUCACUUUUCACUAUGUGUAAUAAUACCCUGGAUUAGUAAAAUGGAUUGAGAUAUUGGUAAAGGAAAGUGUAUGCUAAGCAUUAUCGGAAG